UCCCUCGCGACGAGAGAGCUCGCUCCAAAGUUCCUUCGGCCUCGGCUGUGUUCGCUGCUGACUCUUCCCUUUCCUUCCUCUCCUUUUUCUCUUUUCUCUUUUUUCUUUUUCUCUCUCUUUCUGUCUUUCUCUCCCUUUUCUUCUUGCCGAUCGUUCACGCGAAUAAGAAUCGCGUCCGCGGCGUUCGCGCGCGUGCGACGCUUCCCUCGCUUCGCUCCGGUAUCGUUUCCCGGAGCCGGCCGCGUGUGUACCACGACUUUGGAGAUUUAGAGGAUCUCAGCAGCCGAGGAUCCAGGAUAGUAUUUUCGCCACAUCGGCGAUUGUUACGGGCGGGCGCACGCGGGGCUUAACACCAGAGUCGUGGUUAACGAUCUACCAAACAUGUUACGCCUCAUGGUUCUUCUGCUUCUGUGUAUCGCUGCUACUUAUACGCCCGGCCGCUGCGAGACAGGGGCAUCGCGAGAUGUCGAGCAUGCGAGACUGCCAGAGUUCCUCACGGAAUUGGACCUGUCGAGUCUCGAGGCAUCCGAGGAGGACGUCGAAGCGCUGAAGAAAAUCGUGAAAAGGCUGGCGCCCGAAAAGAACGGCGAGUACCAAGUUUACCAAGUCUUCUUCGGUAACGAGGACCUCCUCAAGGAGUGGCUCAAAGGAGCGGGCGUGACGGGGCAGCCCGGCGUGGAUUAUCCAGCCCUCACGUCGAUCCCAGCCACUUCAUUCAGCUGUCGCGGUCUGAGAGGGGGAUAUUACGCGGAUUUAGAAACAAAUUGCCAAGUAUUUCACAUCUGCGACAAUGGACGUAAAAUCUCGUUCCUGUGUCCCAACGGCACUAUCUUCCAGCAAUCACAACUUAUAUGCGACUGGUGGUUUAAAGUGGACUGCAGCAGGUCCACGGAGUUGUAUGAGCAGAGUGCGGAGCAAUUGGCCGAGGAAGAGAAAAAACGUGCGGAAGCGAGAAGGAUGAAGUCCGAGUAUCAUCGCACGGAGCAGCAAAGUAACGCGGAUUACUAUGAUAACGUCGACUACGACGGUAGACAAAACGGCAGAACGAAUCCGUAUGGUCAGUCCGCCGCCAAGCAGAAUCAAAUUCCGGAAAGUCAGGAUGAAUCGAAAUCCAACCAACAAUUCAGACCGAAUAACGUUUUCGAGAACACUCGUAAUUCUGGUCGCUAUUACCAGGAAAACAAUGCGAACGCGUUACGGACUAACGAGAAAACGACGCCCGAGAACGUCGACCAGUCGCCGAAACAGCGACAACAUGACAGCGGAUCAAAUUAUCAGACCAGCAGGCAGAGAAAUCAGCUGGAUACGCAGAGUGGCAAAUUCAAUUACGAGCACGGAAAUAAGUUCCAGGAUAGCCGGCAGAGCAACACGCAGGAUCAUUAUCAGAAUACGCCGCGCAACGAGAAACCGGCGUUCAGUAACCAAAAGUCGCGAACUUCAACGCGAAACAAUCUGUUCAGUUCCAGCCAGUCGCAAAAAGCUACGCCGACGUACAUGGAGACGACGACUUUUAGAACCACAACCGCGGCGCCUCCGGUAGAGUAUCAGCAGUUCGCGGAAAGCGCCGCCUUCGUGUCCAAUCGCGGAGGAAAUCGCUUCAACUCAGGCAAAUCCUCGAACACUCGACAGUAUUAUUAUCACUCGUACGAUUACCGAGAUCACACCACUGCUGACUAUCGCGGUCACGAGACGACCACUUUAACGCCGCAGAAGAACGAAGAGGCGGAGACGGUGUCCUUCACGCCAAAAACUGGUGCCCCGCCGUACCCCGGGCCUACGUACACUCCUAUCUACAAGCCUAGGACAACGACAUUGCCACCUUACGAAACAACGUUGCAGUACACGCCGACCACCGAGACGUCUUACUACAGUACUCCCUAUUACAAGCACGGCGAUAUUCCGGAAACUACGUACGCUAAUACCGACACCGAUGCGACUGUGACGUCGACUUCCUCCGCGGAGGAGUAUCCAACUACGUCCUUCAACACGUACAGCGAUCUACGGACUCCUCCAGCCAUAGGGAGAGUGCCACCGGCCCCCGCGAAUUAUCAAACUCAGCAGUACGUUGAUAAUAGGGUGACCGAACAGAGAGACGUUGAUAUUUCUUUCGCGACUACGCGUCCGUACGUGAAUACAGAGAGCUAUCGGCACAACGUUGCUAACGUCACCUCAACCGUCAGUCAGAACGUGUCUCCUUCGUCGACGCCAUUUUACGGAGACUCUCGUGGUCAAACCCAUGCCAAUUAUCAGAAAGAAAACAGUUUCGCGAAUACCGUAAGCAAAGGCACAACGACGGAUCCUUGGCGCGCAACUUUGCAAAGCUUCCAGCAAAAUUCGAUCAGCUCGACCGAGAAGCCGUGGAGAAGCACCAACGUUCAUCAGCAGAACAGCUCUACCAGCAAGACCUUGAGCCCUUACGACACCAGUUUUACCUACAAACAAGGGAAAGUGAUGUCUACUUUAGGCCCAUACGUACCUUUCACUAAAAACUACGUUUAUUCCACGAUGACCACUACUCCGACGCCGAAGCCGCCGACCACCGUGCCGACGUACAAUCCCACCCUGACAAAUUAUCGCAUGACCGCGAGCAAUUUGAUACCGAAAGUGAAAUCAUCGCCUCCGGUAACGAGCAAGCCCAAAAGCAGAGCGACCUAUUUACCCGAGGUCAGCAGCAAACCACCAACGUCCUUGGAGGAUAGACCGUAUGCCGAACGAGAACAUGCGCUCAGCAUGUUGCAUUCUCUUCAAGGUCUAGAAAAUGACGCGGAAACUUUGAGCGAGAUCGAUGCAAAGGACGGAAACGGUCGAAACGGGCCCUCCGCGCUCGGUCCGUCCACUUUGCACUCGUUAGCUCUGUAUUUCGCCACGGCCGGCGACAAUCUUGACUCCAACGAAACCGUCGAGUCCACCGCGAGUGUCGAGGAAGUCGAGGGUAGGGAAGGCGGUCAUUCGCAUAAUUCGUCCGUCGAAUUACCGACCAGUAUUCUUACACAGCACACCAUCUCCUCAUACAUCGAGCUGUUCAAUCUGAACAACGCGCUCGAGGGAAACGCCACGAUGACCGAACUCACGUCGGAAGCCGAUGACGUUGGCGGCGAGGUAGACGACGAUCUAGAGCUCGAGCAGAGCGAAGGUCCGGUGAACGGCGCGCAUAGAGCGAACAACACCAAGCUGCGCGAACUGGCCCAGGUUUUCACUCACGCUUUGUCGGCGUAUCUGCAAGAUCCGGAUACCUUCAAGAAAGUGCUCACGGAGAUCAGGCCCACGCAACCACCGGCAACGACCGUCGACGACGAUCAGUUCGAAGUGACGACGUUAUAUCCGACCACUGCGGAAGAAUUCGCGUCGGUGACAAAGGAGAAGGAUGAAGUUCUGGAUUUUUCGGACGAUACCGACAGAAGACGCAAGCCGUCCACCAUAUUCCCUACCACUUUACAGCCGCCUGUCACCACCGACAGAUCGUAUUCGACUUACUACACGACGCCAUAUGAUGAAUAUUACGCAACAGAGAGCCAAACACGAAGGCCAAUUUACUAUCCGAGCACGACGUUGUUACCGCCUAGCGCUUUGUCAUACGAUUCGGGGGAUUACGUCGAAUCAUCGACGCAGGGUGGUAAUACGUUUGCCUUUGAGGUGAAUCGCGUUUUCACUACCACCAUGAACGAUAUUCAAAAUUACGAUGGCGAUACAAGAGAUUCGACCGACUUGUCACCGGUCUAUGACAAUUAUUUCCCGUUGGACGAGGACGGCAGAAAUAAGAUUGGUGGCUUCCAUAAUAACACGGCGUCAACCUUCCAAUCUUAUGGUAAAAACGUCAAACCGAUCGGCGCUACGCCUAUAAGCAAAUACGUGGCGUCGUCGACGGUGGCGUCUUUUCAGAAUUCUGGCCUAGGAACGACUGCGCCUACCUGGGGUAGAGGCUCAGCUGGUGAUAAACCUGUUCAAAAUCUCACACCGCCUCAUUAUCAUCGUUUCGGUAAUGUGAAGAGUUUCGAGGCGUCGAACAGCAUCCUGCCGAAUCAGGCGGUGCGCUCGACGACGCCCUUGCCGAGAAGCAAAUCUAGCUACAAGACCGUCAGCAGCACCGUUCAGCCGUUCAGGAUACGUUACUACGAUUCAACGACAGCGCCACCGGAAUCUCUCGCUACAGCUCGUAGCUCGUACGCCAAGUUCAGAAACAGUUACAAGCCGGAAAGCAAUCGCGUAGAAGGCACUCGCAAACCCGCGGCGACAACGGCGGCGACGACAAUUCGGGACGACGUCGGGACUCUGGAUCCCGUCACUGCAACCGUCAGCGAUGUUACUCCGUAUACCGCGACCGUUAUUCGCGCUACCUCCAGCAAUCCGGCGAACGCGUCCACCACAAGACACUCCAGCCUGCCGAACAACGAUCAUUGGACUUCCUCGCCCAUGGUCACUCAGCUCUGGGAGACAACGGUGUUCGUGGAUCCUCGGCACAUUAAUCACGGUCUAGAGUCGAACGUCGGCACCACUCAGUCGCCCGACACAACCGGUGACGCUAUUAACGGAGAGUCGGAACACACCGUGGCGGCGAGCACCACGAGAUCGCCAACGUUGUCCAAUGUAGAUCACGACGUGACGACGGAACCGCGGACUACUAGCACACCGAGUCCUUGGCAAUGGGCGACGAGCGACAACAAUUCGCCUGUGACAUUCACUCUGCUGCCAACGACCUUUUCAGAAAAGACAGCGACACCGACUCCGAUCAUCACAACGCGGUCCAGCAUAACGACUACGAUUACCUCCUCGGUGACGUCGACCAAUGCCGUCCCCCGAGAUAACCUGGCCUCCACUCUGCUGCCAUUUACGACAGGCAGCACGUUCAAUGCCACCGAAAAUGAAGUGAUCAAGGCGCAUGAGAUGUUCGGUAAUCUGAAUGAGACUAGCACGAACACGUUGAUGCGAGUGAUGAAACAGGCCGACAGCAACGCGAUGGUAAGGCAAUUGGUGCUAUUGCUGAUAAAUCAUUGCAACGGGCCCAAAAACAAGACGAUGGAGCAGGAGAAGGAGCAACUGUUAGACGCACUUCUGAGGAUGCCCGUUAACGAAUUUACCUCGGAGGAGUCGCGAGAAAUCGUCGCUAGCAUCAACCGACUUAAUCUUCCGAUUUUUAAAUCACGAGUGGCUGCUUCGACGAAUUCCACGACAAUGAGGACUCCCCGAGCGUCAUCCGUGAGACCCACGCCGUCAGCACCAUCCAUCACUACGUUUCGCAGUAGGACGGGACGGAAAUUCCGCACGACUACCGAGAGUGCCAACGUCUUCUCUAGAAGAUCGGACGACGUUGUCUCGGAGACGAAUAAUUCCUUAUCGGAGAACGAGGCCACCGCUUCUGACAGCCGAGCCCUCGAGCUCCUCAGGUCACUCUACACAAUAGCUGCUAAGUGGGGCUGAGAAGCCGCAUAAUCGACGACCGAUCGGAACUACGCGCGCGUCGGAAGACUCGCGAGAUGAAGAUCUCGCUGGAGUUAUAAGAAGACGUCCACCUGUCGAUACGUCGGAGUAGAUCGUUGCUGUCACCCAUCACCGUGUCACUCCAUCUAGCCUAAAUUCGAGGGUUCAAGCUCCGAACGGUGAAUCGGUUUUGAUCUCGGCCCAUGAAUCGAUGCCCAUGAACAAAUAGGAAUCUGCUUUACAACAAGCGUUUCUUCGUGAGAGAAACAAGAGAGAAAAUGAGAGAGACACGGUACAUCGUACUUCUUGUCGAAUACCAUUAUCAGAAGUCGACAACAUUUAGUUAUUAUUGAUUCUGGAAUACUUACAUUAUCAAACUUGACUGAACUGUACCAUUUUGCAUGCGGUACUCGGAAAAUUAGAUUUGAGCCGAGAGGAUUGGCUUCUUCGAACUUAGAUCGAUAACACCGCUGCGAAGUUCGAUUUAACUUAGGGCCGAGAUUGACAUCUGCGCUCGCGGAUAUUAAGCAGGUCGUGUAACGAUCGAUCUCGGUAAUGUAAAUCCGAGCCGCGGCUGCUUGAUACCCGCGACCGAGCGUAAACUCGUGUCGGUUAAUAUGCGGAGUCCCGAUCGAUCAUCGAUGGACAAGAUCGCAAUAUAAUAAAUUAACCGGCUGUAGUCCGACGUUAAGAUUAUGUAUUGCUCGCCGUCCUUUUUAUUAAGAAUAAAUCAUCGAUCGCCUCGAAACAUCGGCAACUAUUACUUGAAGAAAGAAAAAAAAACGCCUGCCAUACUUCGUCCCUCUUUGUUCAGCUAUUUUGCGUGAACGCUACACUCAACUUUACUCUCUCUUCUCUAUAAUCAAAGAAGUUCGCACAUAUUAAGCAAGGUAAUUUUAUACGUUUCACUUAUGUUUAUCACGCAAUGAUAUAACAACAAAGUUUCUCUAAAUGUUUCUUCUUUAUAUAAUUUUAUAAGUCUUUAACUGGCUGUCGUAUAAUUGCGUUGCACAAUCAUCGAAGUACCAUAUAUGUAGUAACUGUGCUUAGAAAAAAAUUGAUUUUAUUGGAAAACAAUUUGACAAAACUUUAUAUAAUCUUUUGAUUUACAUCUUCUGGAUGUAUAGACAUAUAUGACUAUGUAUUUGAAAUGAGAAGCGAAUUUUAAUUACUGAUAUAGAAUAUGUGAGAGAUCUUCUUUACAUUAAUUUUUUAUAUUCCUAGUAUAUGUACUCGUGUAAAAAAACAGUGAUUGUCCAUGCACGCCAACGUAAAAAGGGGGUAAACAUUUUGACACGUUCACGCUCCUCUCAUAAUGUUGCCAGGUACAUCGUCAAGUUGCAACUCGUUUUCGUUGAAUUGCAUGCAUGAAAUUGGCGGAAUGUGAUGGCACGUGGUGAAUUGCACCAUGUACGCUUAUGGUUAUUUGUACCGGUCGGACUCUACGUGACACAAUUUCAACCCUUUCCCCCCCGCGUAUCUUCCCUCAACGAGGUCACUAUCGUCCUCGUUCAAAAUACGCGUCAACUCCUGGGCGGUAUUAAUUUUUUUGCCGGCAGCAUUGAAUUGAAUAUUCGGCGGAAUGUACGCGUCGGAACUUCUACUCAUUGUCAGUCCAAAACUGACCGUCGAACUGUUGUUCAGUAUUACAAAAAGACUCCCUAGAAGGGAUCCGUACGGUUUUUCCGGCGGAUCACGUGAAAUUAUUUAUUCGCCUUCGCUGUGUUGCGAUUCCUAUGUACCUACGGCUAACAGUAAGUUAUUCAUAUAAUUGAAAUUACGGUGUUGGUAACGUUCUCUUUCGUUUGGGCAGUUUCGAGGUCGGCGAUGCGUUUCCGUUACGAUCCCGAAACGAUCCAAAUGGGGUUUCUAGGUCAUUAUUUAAGUACGCGAUUUAGCGUGUAGUUGUGUAUCGACUUUAUGUAAUAUACCUUUGUACAGUAUGUGAAUAAAUAUAUACAGGGUUUUGUUUA